UGCUAAUGAGCGGCGCUGCCCGGAGAAACUUCGUUCCCCUUCUCUGGGUCAGGAUCGCAGAAAUUAUGCCCCUUCUGUCACCAUGAACUGGCUCUCCAGUUCCCAGGGAGUUGUCCUCACUGCCUACCACCCCAGCGGCAAGGACCGGGCCGUGGGGGGGAACCAUGGCAAGGGAGGGGAGGAAGCCACCGCAAGCCGCAAAUAUGGCCAGUACACUAUGAACCAGGAAAUCACCAAAGUUCCCGAAAAGCCUCCAUUUGACCGAUCAAGUUCUCAGGAUUCUCUGGAUGAACUAUCAAUGGAGGACUAUUGGACGGAACUAGAAAAUAUCAAGAAAUCUAGUGAGAACAGACAAGAUCAAGAGGUGGUGGUUGUCAAAGAGCCUGAUGAGGGAGAACUGGAAGAAGAGUGGCUUAAGGAAGCUGGCUUGUCCAAUCUCUUUGGAGAGUCUGCUGGAGAUCCCCAAGAAAGUAUGGUCUUUUUGUCAACACUGACCCGGACCCAGGCAGCUGCUGUUGAGAAACGGGUAGAGACGGUCUCCCAGACCUUGAGGAAAAAAAACAAACAGUACCAGAUACCUGACGUCAGAGACAUAUUUGCUCAACAGAGAGAGUCAAAAGAAAAAGCUCCAGAUGGCAUCAACUCACAGUCAGUCAGAACAGAUGAAAACACACAUCAAGGAAAAGAUGACCAGGCAUCUAGCCUACUUGUUGGUGAAAAAGAGCUCAUUCCACUGGUUCCUGAGGAGGCACCUGCCUCUGAAACAGAUAUCAACCUGGAGGUAUCGUUUGCAGAGCAAGCAGUCAAUCAGAAAGAGAGCUCCAAGGAGAAGGCCCAGAAGAGCAAAGACAGUGAUGCUUCGUUACCUAAUCUUUGCCAAGAACUGGAAGCAAAGUUUUAUGAAGGGACUUUUAAUUGGGAAAGUGUCAAACAGCAUGAUGCGGCCAGCCUGCUGAAGCUCUUCAUCCGGGAGCUGCCCCAGCCGCUGCUCAGUGUAGAAUAUCUCAAAGCCUUUCAAGCCGUCCAGAAUCUUCCAACCAGGAAGCAACAACUACAGGCUUUGAACCUUCUUGUCAUCCUCCUGCCUGAUGCAAACAGAGACACACUUAAGGCCCUGCUUGAAUUUCUCCAAAGAGUAAUAGACAAUAGAGAGAAAAAUAAGAUGACAGCCAUGAAUGUAGCAAUGGUCAUGGCCCCGAAUCUCUUCAUGUGUCACACGUUGGGUUUGAAGUCCAGCGAACAGCGAGAAUUUGUAAUGGCAGCUGGGACAGCUAAUAUCAUGCACUUAUUGAUUAAGUAUCAGCAACUUCUAUGGACAAUUCCCAAGUUUAUUGUCAACCAAGUGAGGAAGCAAAAUACUGAAAAUCAUAAAAAAGAUAAAAAAGCCAUGAAGAAAUUGCUGAAGAAAAUGGCUUAUGACCGAGAAAAAUACGAAAAGCAAGAUAAGAGUACAAGCGAUGCCGACGUUCCUCAGGGAGUGAUUCGAGUGCAAGCUCCCCAUCUUUCCAAAGUUUCCAUGGCAAUACAGCUCACUGAAGAACUAAAAGCCAGUGACGUGCUUGCCAGGUUUCUCAGCCAAGAAAGCGGGAUUGCCCAGACUCUUAAGAAAGGGGAAGUUUUUUUGUAUGAAAUUGGAGGAAAUAUUGGAGAACGUUGCCUUGAUGAUGACACUUACAUGAAGGACUUGUAUCAGCUAAACCCCAACGCCGAGUGGGUCAUAAAGUCAAAGGCGUCAUAGGAGACUGAAGCUGCAGUUAACCACGAGGACCUCCUGAGACUACUUGCUGGGGCAAGCGUGCAAAUGAAAGAAACGGCGGGACUCUUCUAUUGUUCAAAUGUACCCAACUAUUGAAUACUGACACUCUGAAGCCUUAAAAAGUCAGAUUUGUGCUGCUGCCAGAAUUAUGUUCAUUAUUAAUAAUGCGAUGAGCAGACAAACAUCUCUGGAGUCAGAGGAAAAAGGGUUAAUUAGCUUGGCGCCGUGAUGCUCUGUGAAAGGUGCCCGGAUGUGGCAAUUUUUUUUUUUUUUAAUGUGAAAACGUACUCUCUUCCUUCUCACUUUUUUCUCCUAAAAUCAUAUACAUGGUAAUACGUGCUUCCUCUCCUUUUUCUUCUCCUCAUGUCUGCCUUCCCCCAACUAGGUUUGCUUUUUAACCGAAAAGAUCACAAAUACCAGGUAUUUGGCAAGUCGUGAAGAUAAUGCAUCUUAAAAUAGACUGAAUUCAGUAGUAUUCAUGUCACCGUCGAAUGUUAAUAUUCCUCCCUUUGAAUCAUUUGUUCAGACAAUAACAUCCCACUUCUUCCUGCUGUAUCACAUGAAGUGAUUUGCAUUGUUUUCGGCUCAUCUGACACAUGUGCGCAGAACCGUAUCCGCUAUCAAGCAAAUAAAACUGUCAGAAACUGCCAAUUAUUACUGAACUUUUAAAUACUUCUAGACUAAGAAUAAAUACAAUAUAUCCAUGUGGAAUAACUGGAUUAUGGGUAACAAGAGAGUGAAAGCCAAAUCACUUCAUGUAUCCUCCUAAGUGAAAUUUAUGAAGUCUUAGCUGGCUUUACCUAUUGUCGUAUUAGUACAAAUAUGCAUGAUAGUAUAAUCCAGUAAUGGCUAAGAAUGUAUUCUACUGAAAGAGAGAUUUUUUUUUAACUCCUAAAGAAGGCUGCAGGAAGCAUUAUUUUUUUUCUGGGUAUGACAUAGUCAUGUGAACAAGUUUUUGUUUGUGUACUUUAAAUCAUCAGAGUAAAUUUAUUAAAAUGCUGUGGAAAGUACUAUUCCCAGGGAGUUUAAUGCACAAACCAUAUUGUGACAAGGGCUGAGCCUCUGAACUGUAAAUAAGAGGAACGAAGUGAGAAAUUUUCAAUAUUUUAUGAGUUUAGAGUGUAGUAAAUAAAAGGUGAUGUAAAUGAAUGUUGCACACCCUGUGUUUUUGAUACUUUUAGUAGUAUUUUAGGGAAAAUUACACAUUCUCAGAAGCUCUUGAUGUCACUCCAGUUAAGAGGGAAAAUGCCGUUAAUGAGGACAGUCAUACAUUUUUAGCAUGUAAUUAUAAGAGCAGCCUGUGGGUAUGAUCACUUAAAUAACAUUGUGGUGAUUUGUGCCAUUGCUUUUUUUAUUUAAAAAUUUUUUAUAAUUAAAUGUGUUUUUCUAAAUCAUCUUCUCUUGGAAUUAUUACUUUUAAUCCUCUAUGUUUAUGAAUGUACUAUAUUUUUGUUGGUAUUUGUGGUUUUUGUUAAAAGCCACUUCUUUUAUUUUUUCCUGUUACUCCUGUAUAAUGUUUAAAUUGGGAAGAUGUGUGGAAGAUAUAAAACUGUUUCCCUCCUUCGUUUUUUCCUUAUGCAAACUUCUAUUCUUAGGAUUUUUCAAAAACACAUUGUAUUCUGUUUUUGAUCUUGACAAUAUAUAUUAAUUUCCCAAAAUGUUUUAUUAAUAGUUUAAGUUAAUGAAAGCAAUUCAUGAUAUAAACUCGAAAUUAAGUGCUUAAUACAUUUUAGGGGUGCACAACUUCAAAAAAAGGAGUGAAUAUGAUGAUUUAGAUAAAUGGCUUCCUAAAGCAUAUGUCAAUUAACUUACCACAUUUACUCUCCCCCUGGUAUGUGUGUUGGUGGUGGUGGGGGGGUGCGGUGUGGGGACACAAGAGGCUUUUUCUAAUGAAAAGAAUGCCAGAUCUUGGUAAAUAAAUACAAAGAUGCCAUUGCAUUUCAAGGCCUUAGAACUCAGGACCCAUAUUCCUUGAUAUUGAACAAUAUUGCUUUUACAUUAUCAAGAAAGAGGUCUCUCUACACUUCUAAAGAGGAGAAACUUAGUAGUGUAGAGCCUCAAAUAUAAAUGGCCUAGAAAUAACCCAAAUGUUUUUUUUUCUAUAAUUUUUUUUUUCUUAUUGAACUUUAAAUCUUGUGGUAGAUUAGUUUUUAUAUGUGAGGGACAAUAAAAACAACAAAUAUA